AAAAAACAAGUUGCUCCUUUAAGAAGGCUGUUGGAUUGGAUCAGAUCUACUACUCAGCACUUUUUUACACUGGCUCCUAAUUUGGGAUUUGUUUAGAAUCAAUAGGGGGACUCUGGAACGUUACCUUGAUUGGGAAGGGAUUUGGGAAUUCUGUUUACUUGGAUAUCAAACCAGCAAGAUGUCUGACUCCAAGGUUACUGCUCACUUGGAUGGAAUUAUCUCUGACUUUGAAGCUCUAAAGAGGUCGUUUGAGGUGGAGGAUGUGGACACCUCGGCCAACUCCUCGCCAGGCUCCCGCCGGGCGCCCAGCAACCCCAACCACCGCCCCGUCAUGUCCCCCACCAGCGUCUACUACCGUGAACUGGGCGCCAGCAAUAACAACAACGGCUCCAUCUCCAAGACCAUCAUGGGAGGGGGCGGCUCCAAGCCUCCUGAACCCAUAUCCCGGGGACGCACGGAGCUCUCCAUCGACAUUUCCUCCAAGCAGGUGGAUCCAACCAGCCCUGGUUCCCUCCGAUUCGGCACGAAACGACCCGAGGUCCUAGGCCACUCCAAGACCCCCGAGGUGGGCCACAAACGGGAGGUGACCUUCGCUAAAACACCCCAGGAUGUGGUGAUUCGCGGAGGGGCCCGAACCCCCGAGCCCCCCAGCCAUGCCCGGAGGUCCGAGCCCCCCAAUCUAGGGGACGGCCAGGCCGCUAGGACCACACCAGGGAUCAGCGUCACCAAAGCACCCGAGACAACGGGGAAUGGAAAGAACAACCACGAGAACCAUGGUCAUCAUGCACCAGUCCACCACCCGCACCACCCCAACCCCCACCACAACACCAUCGUCACUACCAUCCGCUGCUCCUCGCCCAACCGCACCAAGUCCCCCAACCCCGACAGGUCAGAGGUCAAGCCGAGCCACAGCAACAUGUCCACCCCGCCGCACCCGCAACCCCCUGCCAAGGGAGCGUCACAUGGCGCUGGUGACUUCAGCUACGUGGGCAUCGAUGCCAUCCUGGAGCAGAUGAGGAGGAAGGCCAUGAAACAGGGCUUUGAGCUCAACAUCAUGAUCGUCGGUCAGAGUGGUCUGGGGAAGUCGACCCUGAUGAACACCCUGUUCAAGUCUAAGGUCAGCAGGAAGUCUGUGGUGUCCACCCCCGAGGAGAGGAUCCCCAAGACCAUCGAGAUCAAGUCCAUCAGCCACGACAUCGAAGAGAAGGGCGUGAGGAUGAAACUAACGGUAAUCGACACUCCCGGCUUUGGGGACCACAUCAACAACGAGAACUGCUGGCAGCCAAUCAUGAAGUUCAUCAACGACCAGUAUGAGCAGUACCUGCAGGAGGAGAUCAACAUCAACAGGAAGAAGAGGAUCCCAGACUCACGGGUUCACUGCUGCAUGUACUUCAUACCACCUACUGGACACUGUCUGAGGCCCCUGGAUGUGGAGUUUAUGAGUCGUCUGAGUAAAGUGGUCAACAUAGUCCCUGUCAUCGCUAAGGCAGACACACUCACCCUGGAGGAGAGGGACUUCUUCAAACAGACGAUCAGGGAAGGACUGCGAGCCAACGGGAUCGACGUCUAUCCUCAGGAAGAGUUUGACGAGGAUUCUGACGACAGGAUGAUCAAUGAUAAGAUCAGGGUGGGUUUACAGUGUGUGUAUAGGCAUGCAGAAUCCCCCCCCACACACACACACUCUGACGCAUGGAUUCAUUACAAAGCAAUUAUUUGUCUUAAACUGUGUGUGUGGGUUCAGGAGAUGAUCCCAUUUGCUGUGGUGGGGAGCAACCAGGAGUACCAGGUCAAUGGAAAGAGGCUUCUGGGCAGAAAAACUAAGUGGGGAACCAUAGAAGUUGAGAACAUUGCGCACUGUGAGUUUGCCCACCUGCGAGACCUUCUCAUCAGGACCCACAUGCAGAACAUCAAGGACAUCACCAGUAGCAUCCACUACGAGGUGUACCGUGUCCGCAGGCUAAACGAGACCGGCGCCCAGCCCAACGGCCAGCCACCCAACACACUGGUCAACCCACAGCCACAGCAGGCCAAUGGGGUGGCAGCACAGCACCAAGUCCUGACCCAUGAGAUGUAGACAUCUGACCAUCUGCGCACACACACACACACACACAGACACACACACACACGCACACACACACGCAUACACAACACACACACACACACACACCUUUAAUGGCUGGCAACUGUGACACACCACAUGCAAACACACCAAGUGACACACACAUGACUCACACCCACCCACCCAUCCUAACUGGCCGAUAUGGACUGUACACACUCCAAAGAGGAUUCCAAUAUCAAGUGUAUAACAAUUUUUUACAUGAUCAACUGCCAAAAGAGUUUCUGUUACCUGGAAGGUCUAGUGUAGCUCGUUGUAGGUCAGAGCUGUUGGGUAAACAGUACAAGAUGUCCCCUAGGGAGAUGGGAUGCUACUGUAUUCUAACACACAGAAGAAGUGUAUAGACCAGCUAUCUAAGUAUAGCGGAUCAAUUAGCUUAACUAGAAAUAACUGGCCGAAAUGACCUGGUCUACGUUUUGGGUUGUGCUGUAUAGUGUUGUCUAGAUACUGGAGAUAUUAGGAGGUUGGGUUUAGGUUCUUUGUAUAUUUUUGGACACAUCUGCACUGCCCUGAAAAGCAGCAAUGCAGAUGUGGAGCAGCUUUGAAAUCAUUUGUCUUUUUCCAUUGUGUUUUCAUAUGUUUCAGACCCUCUUGCCAAACCAUCCUGUCUAUACCAAUAUGCCAAUGUCAUAUGUUGUUAAACAAAUCAUGUUAAUGCAUAAAGUGCAUUUUCCAUUUACUGUUGUGUUAUAUUAUUGUAUUGUUUAUGGUCUGGAUGGUGGGGACGCAGGGAACAGACAUCCCUAUGCUCUCAGACCUUUCUCUAAACCAAAUAAAAUGUCCUUUCUGUUUUAAAGAGAAGCGAAAUAUAUAGAAUUGAUUUAUAAAUAGGUAUUUAUGCUUGUUUAUGCAUUCACUUUUUAAUAGAGUUUGAUAUUCAUAUAGCCUACACACUCCCAUUGUUCUCAGAGAGUAGUUGUGUCAGAGAUGGGAAAUCUACAGAGAUUCUCUUUGGUUGUAUUUGCUUGCCCUCAUACUUUAUGUCCCCUUUAUUUAUAGGGAAUUGUAUGAAUCUAGAUUUAUAUUCUGUCUUUUUGGACAUGAUGCAGAUUAGGACUACAGGUAGGUUGAAUAUGUUGCCUGUAUACACAGUUUGAAAUCAUGUUUAGUUUCCCUGACAGUUUUGCAUUCUGGGAGUAGUCGACCUAUAACUUCCUUAUCUUCCCUACUAUUCAUCACUCAGCUAAAAACGAAUGGACAGAGGUCAAAACCGAGAGUACUAUUCAUUCAGAAAUGUAGCUCGAUAACAUAAAUGACAAAAGUUAAUGCAAUGUUUAUUGUUGUAUAGUUAUUGUGUAACUUGUUAUAGUAUGAUGAGAGUAUGGUUUAUCUUUGAUAUGCUAUGUCAAAGAAAUAAAGAUUGAUAUUUUUAUUGUU